AUGGCAAUUGGGACCAAACUUAAUCUUGAAGAUAGUGAACCAUUUGAAAAUUCAGCCCUCUAUAGGAGUACAGUUGGUGCAUUACAAUAUUUGACAAUAUCCAAACCAAAUAUUUCUUAUGUUGUGAAUAAGUUAAGUCAAUUUUUGAAAGCCCCCACUCAGCUACAUUGGCAAGCCUGUAAACGAUUGCUUAGAUAUCUCAAGGGAACUUCAUAUUAUGGUCUUCAGUUUAGCCCCAGUCACAUACUUAAUUUGACAUGCUAUACAGAUAUGGAUUGGGCUAAUAGUAUUCCAGACAGGAGAUCAACUAGUGGAUGUUGUGUUUUUAUGGGAAACAAUCUGAUACAGUGGUAUUCAAGGAAGCAAAAGGUUGUCGCUUUAUCAUCCACAGAAGCAGAGUAUAGGGCUCUUGCACAAGGCAUGGUUAAUCAGUUGAUUGAUAAUAGGCAACUUCAAUUGGUUCUGUUUUGGCUGGAAAAUGAUGCAGCAUGGUUAAAUUCAGAUUUCAGUAACUGGAAUUGUGGAACUGGUUCAGUUUUAGAUUACUGGAAUUGUGAGUUUCUGCUUCAGGUUCUGUUGACUGGAGUUACAUGUGCUGUUAGGUUAUAUCACUUGAGGAAGUUCAGCUUGAGGGAAGAUGUUAGGAUUUAG